CUCUCGUUCUCAACCACUCUCUUUAUUCAUAACAAAUAAGCCAAAGCUUUUUUUUUUUAAAUGGAUUCUCUUGAGCCGCCCGCCUACACCGAGUUACCAAACCAGCCGCAUCAGCGGUCCAGCACUGUUAUCAAAGACUCGGCGCCGCAACUUCGGGAUCGUCGGAGGGAGAAACCGCUGUUGUCAUGUACCUUCUGUAGGAACCGAAAGGUACGGUGUGACCGUCAACUACCAUGCAAAACCUGCACAAAUAGGGGAAUUGGGCUGUCAUGCACCUACGAAUCAAGUGGGCCAAGUAAGGGUAAGAGCAAAGUUAGUGUCGGUGAUCGCAUCCAACAGCUUGAGGAGCUUGUUCGUUCCCUACUUGCGCAGCAACAAAGUGCGCCUGAUGUUGAUCCUGAUGGUCUUAUUCAAGAGCUUUCGUCUCAAGCCAAGUCACCGCAGAGUGUCUAUACGGUCCCGGUGGCAUCGCUCACCGAGAACACUCCCGUGCCAGCUGUAAGUUGUGCGCCUAUAUCGCAGGGAAAUGGCGGCACUGAGUCCCCAGCACCCUCACCCUCAGAGGCCGGCAGCAUGCGUCUUGACUCCCACGGUGUCAGAGCCAGCUACGUCGGUAGCGUUCACUGGGCCGCCGUUCUCGAGAGUAUCUCUGAGCUCAAAGACCACUACGAGGAGGAAGAGGAGGCCCGGAUGCUAGCUACCAAUGAUCAUGCACUUCUCCAAAGCUCGGGACCUAGACUCCUAUAUGAGCCGGUUCAUACCACGAAAACUGAUCUUCUUGCUUCCAUCCCACCGCGGCCCGUUGUUGACCGCAUGGUCGCGAGAUACUUCAAUACACAAGGCGUUGUGCCAAGCAUCCUUCACAGCGGACAUUUUCUGCAAGAGUAUGAUAAGUUCUGGCAGGACCCGUCAGCCAUUUCAUACAUUUGGAUCGGCCUCCUUUUUAGCGUAAUGUGCGUCGCUACAUUAUGUCAACACUCGAUCAGCGACCCAACAGGUCCUGAAAUUCAAGAACGAGCGCGCCUCUUUCGUGAACAAACUCUUCACAGUUUGAUCUUGGGCCACUACACCAAAGGCGGGGAGUACGUACUCGAAACCUUGAUUAAUUAUCUCAUCUGUGAGUCAUUCAUGUCCCAGGACGAUGAGACCGAGCUGUGGCUCGUGCAAGGUAUCAUCGUCCAGCUCGCCCUGAGUCAGGGCUAUCAUCGAGACCCCAAAAACUUCCCGAGCAUUGGCACAUUUUCUGGUGAGAUGAGGCGCCGCGUGUGGGCUGUCAUUGUGCAGUUAGAUCUUCGUCUUUCAAGCCAGAUGGCGCUGCCUUGUGUGCUUAAGUCGCAACAAUAUGACACAGCUGAGCCGCGUAACCUGUUGGACACGGAUUUUGACGAGAACACUACGGAGCUACCUUCUUCGCGACCCGAAACUGAAGUCACCCCUGUGCUCUACAGCUUGGCUAAGGGUAGGAUAGAUAAGAUGAUGGGACUAGUCAACGAUCUUGUCAAUGACACCAAGGAGCAUCCAUACACAGAAAUCAUGGAGCUGGACCGGAAGCUACAAGAGGCUGAGGCUUCACUGCCACCAAUAUUUCAAUGGCAGCCCCUUAGCCAAUCUUUCAUGGUGGCGCCUGAGAUCGUCAUGCACCGCAUUUUACUCCAGCUCGCUAUACAGAGACUAACAAUCUGGCUUCAUCGGAAGUAUCUCGGGCUACCGUAUACCCAGGCAUGCUAUCAACACUCACGCAACGCUUGUGUUCAAGCAGCGAUCAAGAUUCUGGAGUUCCAGCAGAUAGUGCUUGUGGAAACACAAGGAGAUGGACUGCUCUAUCCUGCAAGGUGGGCUAGGUGGAUGCUCCUGUCCUCACGGCCACGUGCAGUCUUUUUGCUGGGUGUGAGCAUUCUAUGUUACUAUAUACAGCUGGCCAAGUCACGACCGGAUGUUUCGCUGGACAACAGUACAGGGACAAAGGUUCACGGCCUUCUACGCAAAGCGUAUCCCCUCUGGCUGCACUCUACCACAGUAUCUAGGGAAUCCAGGCGGGCGAUUGAUUAUCUGAGUCUCAGACUAGGGCUACAGGAACAAGAGGCUGGUGAACCUCUUGCUGGUUCUAUGGCCGAUACGCCUCAGGAUACCGAUGUAUCUCUUUGCCAGUUUACCUGGGACACAUACGACGAAACUGAUGUUUUCUCAGAGUGUAUCGCCGAGUUUCCAGCGACAGCAUUCACUGGCGGGUUUAUGGGACAAGAAUUCGAUUCCGCGACGAGUGAUUCAAGAUCAGGCUUAUUUCCGAUGAACUGGGAGACCGAGGACUCGGCGUCUAGAUAGGUAGAGGGAACAAAUCUAUGACCUCCAUCAGAAGCCUAUAAUAUUUGGCUAUUUAAUAUAAAUUUAGAAUAUCAUUUAAUCAGUUAUUUCAUUACUUUCGGCAAA